AUGUCGUUCGGGGGUGGUUUCGGUGGCUUCGGCCAGCAGAACCAGACCCAGCAGACCGGCGGCUUUGGAGGCUUCGGGUCAACCAGCAACACUACGACCGGAGGGUUUGGAACAAAUACAAACUCGUUUGGCGGCGCUACUCAGAACACCGGUACCGGUCUCUUUGGCAACACCGGAGCAACUGGCGGCGGCUUUGGAUCCUCGACCGGAGGCUUUGGCAGCACCGGCACUGGCGGUUUCGGUGCGAAGCCUGCAUUCGGGGCGACGACCUCAGCCGGCGGCGGUCUGUUCGGAUCCACGACGGCAACUGCUGGUAGCUCAGGCUUUGGCGGCGGCGGCGGAUUCGGCAAUCCUGCAGCAACCUCUUCACCAUUCGGUGCCGGCGGCGGCACCUCACUGUUUGGCUCCACAGCAGCUAAACCCGCCUUCGGCUCAACGACGGGCACUGGUGGCCUCUUCGGCACAACGCCUGCUGCCAGCACGACGUCAUCUUUUGGUAGUGGCACCACGGCUGGGUUUGGCGCGACGGCCAACCCGGGUAUCGGCACCAAUGUUGGUGACCCUCCUGGCACCAACUCCGUCGCCUUCCAGCCGUAUAUUGAGAAGGAAGCAACAACCAACCAGCAAAACAGCUUCCAAAACAUCCUCUUCAUGGACGCCUACAAAAAGUGGUCUCCCGAAGAGCUUCGUUUGACCGAUUACAACCAAGGCCGCCGCUACGGUAAUGCGACUGGAACCGGCGCAUUUGGUGUCGGCUCCAACUUUGGCGGCUUCGGUGCGUCAACCACUCCCUCUACGACAGGCACGACUGGCGGUCUGUUCGGUGGAGGCGGGACGACCACAGGUGGCUUCGGCGCCCAGACCGGCACGACCACGGGCGGCUUCGGCAGCACCUCCACUGGCGGCGGCCUGUUCGGCGCGAAGCCUGCCACGACUGGCGGCCUUUUCGGCAGCACCACGCCUGCCCAGCCAGCACAGACGGGUGGUAUCUUUGGUGGUGGCGGCACCACUGGUGGAUUCGGCUCGUCUACCACCGCUGGCGGUUUCGGUUCGACGCCCGCUGGUGGCACAGGUUCGCUCUUCGGCAGCACCGCGACCCAGAAUAAGCCUGCUGGCGGAUUUGGUUUCGGGAGCACCACGCAGGGCACGACUGGCUUCGGUGCCACUGGAGGUACAAGCGCAUUCGGCACCCCCCAGGCUGCCACCACUACUGGAGGCGGUCUCUUUGGCAGCACACCGGCGGCCAGCACCACAUCUGGCGGUGGUCUUUUUGGCGGUGGUGGCCAGACGGGUGCUGCUUCCUCGGGUUUCGGCACCCAGGCAGCCUCUGGAUUCGGUGCCCAGCAGCAGACCGGUGGUGGCCUUUUCGGCCAGGCUAAGCCUGCUACUGGCGGUCUGUUCGGCUCGACCCCGACCCCGGCAGCCGGCACCGGUACAACUGGCGGGUCACUCUUUGGCUCAUCCACGACAUCCACACCAUUCGGCGGCACUGCUGGCACACAGCAGACCGGUGGUCUCUUUGGCGCAAAACCGGCAACAACCACGACUGGCGGCCUCUUUGGUAGCACACCCGCGGCUAGCACGACCACAGGUGGCGGUCUCUUUGGCGGUAUUGGCCAGACAGCUCAGACACAGCAGCAGCCGGCGCAGACUGGCAGUCUGUUUGGCAGCUCCCUGGGCCAGGCUCAGCAGAAGCCGUCUCUGUUCGGCACAGCGGCCCCUGCCACCGGUGGCGGUCUCUUUGGCGGCCAGCAGAACCCACAGCAACAGCAAGGCGGUCUGUUCGGCCAGAGCACGACCGCGGCCCAGCCCCAGGCUGGUGGUCUUGGCGGUUCUCUCUUUGGAAACGCGCAGCAAGGCAACCCAGGCCUGGGUGCAUCUCAGGGCCUGACCACGAGCAUCAACGACACUGGUGCAUAUGGUGCGCCCUCGCUCUUCCAGAGCUUGGCCGCCCAAGAGGUGCAGAACCCUGGCCCUCUUGCGACCCCUCUGUCCGUCAACAAGACCAAGACUUCUAGGAGAAGUUCGAUCUUGCCGCUGUACAAGAUGACCCCAGGCUCGGCAUCCAAGUUCGCCACUCCCCAAAAGCGUGGCUACGGCUUCUCGUACAGUACGUUUGGCACCCCCAGCAGUGUUUCCAGCACUGCGAGCACGCCCGGCACCAUGAGCCAGAGCCUGUUGGUUGGUAGCAUCGGACGCGGCGGCCUGACGAAGAGCAUUUCGUCGAGCAACCUGCGCCGGACCUUCAACCCCGAGGACAGCAUUCUGCUCCCCGGCGCCUUCUCGUCCAACUCGGGCCCACGCUUCUACGGCAGCACGGGAAGCAGCAAGAAGCUUGUCAUCAACCGCGACAUGCGCUCUGAUCUGUUCUCCACCCCCAGCAAGGUCAGAGACUCUGGUGGUGCCGAUUCCUUGACCGACGCCAGUCUCGGUAGCACCCGGAAGCUGACCAAGAGAGUGAGCUUCGAUACCACCAUCGCCAAGGAUUCCGUCCCCGAGGGCGUCAACGGUAACAACGGCCCGGCCAGCGGCAGUGGCAGCGAACCGGAUAUGGGCUACCUGCGCCCCCAGGCGCGCCCAUCCAACGGCACCAGCAGCUCCUCCAACACUGCUGGCAACGGUAGCAGCUCCGCGCUGGUUGUCUCGCCGGCGUCCAAUGAGCCCGAGAUGGAGCAGGUCACCGGCAAAGAGCUUGCUAUUGUGCACGAGGAGGAGGCCUCACCCGUGCGAGCCCGUUGCAUCCCCAGCAACUACCGCGUUAACAGCAAGGAGCUUGGCAAUUACUGGAUGUCGCCCUCCAAGGACGAGAUUGAGCAGAUGAACCGCGUCCAGCGCCAGCAGGUCGUCAACUUCACCGUCGGCCGCACGAAUGUCGGCCAGGUGCGCUUCCGCGUCCCUGUUGAUCUGACCAAGAUCAACCUGGACUCCAUCAUGGACGGUAUCGUCACCCUCAUCAUCCGCUCCGCCACCGUCUACCCUGACGUCAACACCAAGCCGCCUGUCGGACAGGGCCUCAACGUCCCGGCUGAGAUCCUCCUUCUUCACACCUGCCCCCGCAGCGGACCGGACGCGAACGCCGCCAAAAUGAAGAAGCACAUCACGCGCCUCAAGAACAUUCCUGAUACCACUUUUGUCAGCUACGACGAGCAGACCGCCGCGUGGGUCUUCCGGGUGGAACACUUCACCACGUACGGCCUGGACGACGACGACGACGAGACCGACGCGGAGACAACCCGCCUUUCUGCAGCCGCUGGCAACGCUGCGCCUGUGCCCGCCUACAACACAGUGCUACCGUCGACGGAGCAGGUGAACGACGAGGAUACGUUUGACUUUCGUCGCCGCAAGCACGUCUCCGUCCCCGGUGCAUUUGACGACAGCCACGACAUUAUGGAUGACGAGGACGAAGAAGGCGAUGUGACUUUCCAGCAGUCUUUUUUAUCUAAUCGCUCCGCGGAUAUGAACGCCCAGGCCGUGGUGCCCAUCAGCACGAUGGAGCACGACCACGACAUGGAACAAGGCGAGGAUAGUGGUCUGUAUGAGAACGAGGGCGAGGCGCCUUUUUCUCAGCAGCUCUAUUCUGCCGCGGAGCUUGACGACAACAACAGCCUCGAACCCUACCCCUUCCUCCCCGACCUGCCCCCCGUUGUCCAAGAAACGCCUGCCGGCAUCAUGCGGGCUCGCCUCCGGGCAAUCAAGGAGUCCAACACACCACUGAAGCUGCAGGUCGCCGACGGCGACAACUGGAUGGACAUGCUGCAAAAGACGGUCAGCCCCCAGAAGCGUGACCGUGCCGCUCUCAAGGCACUGGGCGAGCACGGUGCUCCCGAGAAGCCUUCAUUCAACGAAAGCAUCGCCAACUUUGACAAGAAGGCCGCUGCAUCCACCGCGGGUCGUGGCUUCGGCGCAAACGACAACCGUGGUUUCGCCACCAGCAUCGACCUCAUGAACUCGCUCUUUGAAAAGGCCAAGGCCCCGACGACCCAGGCGCCGGAGACGAUUGCCCCCGCCAAGGGAUUUGUGAAGUGGCCUUACAAGCGAGCCAACAAGACCGUCGACGAAGAUGAGGCCACCAUGGACCCAACGGACCGCGCUUUCCAUGAUGCCGCGAGACCUAUCUGGUCCACGGACGGAGCGUGCAUUGUCACCGAGGCACAAACCGAUGACACCGAACCCUCGCUGAAGCGAAUUCGGAUGUUCGACCCCAUUGGUGCGCAGCUCACAGACUACUCCGUUGAGGGUCUGUCCGAUCACAAAGAUGUCGUGGACGUCCAGGUCGUGGACGGUGUGCCGGCGAUCUCGACUUGCCGCAUCCCCGAAAUCAAGGCCUUUGCCGGUUUCUGUGAGCAAGUCAACCAGCGUCGGUCAGCGUCCGCCAGCACCAUAUCACAACAGCUGGGCUCCUACGAGCAGUCUGUUUGGGAACUUGCCAGCGUGCUAUUUGAUCCUAUCGACGAGCAUGCUUCGAACCCGGGAGACGAGGCGCGCCAGCGCAGGGCCAAUCUGGCCACGUUCUGGGCGCAACUUGUGCAGGACUCGUCUUCGGCCAAACCCCUGGACCAGGCACAGUCAUUUGAAGAAAAGGCAGUCCUCUACCUGGCGUCCCGCAAGGUCCCUGAGGCCUGCCGCGCGCUCGUGGAUGGCAAGAAUUUCAAGCUGGCCACACUGGUCUCGCUGAUUGGCACGGGCGAUGCCUUCAAGAAGGACAUGCGCGAGCAGGUGGAUGACUGGCAGCAGGGCGAUGCUCUCUCCGAGUUCAGCGUGCCUCUGCGGUCGAUCUACUCGCUGCUCGCUGGUAACGUGGCCGUCUGCGAGGGCAAGAAGGGCGGCGGUGUCGAGAACCGCAUGAACUCGGUGGUCGUGUCCAACUGGUUCGGCCUCGACUGGAAGCAAGCAUUCGGCCUCCGUCUCUGGUACGGCAUCGCUGCGGGCGAGGGGAUUGAGUCGGCUGUGGCCAAGUACGUUGAGGAUCUCGAGCAAGGCCGCGUGCCUGCCCCUCGGCCAUGGUACACGACACAGCGCGACAUCACUGCUGCCUGGGCCGAUCCCCAGCGCGAACUUCGCGAGGACCUGCUGUUCGGUCUACUCAAGGUCGCUGCCGGCCUUGCCCGCCUGGAAGAUGUGCUGGAGCCCGAAAACUCACAGCCGUCGCCGUUCCGGUACCGGUUCUGCUGGCAAAUCAGCCAGGCCCUGUCGGGUGCCAAGCACAUCAGCGCAUCGGCCAAGCUGUCUUUGGAAAAGGCUGACGCGCUCUGUACGUCUUACGCGUCCGAGGUCGUGCACCAAAACGACCGAUCUUCCAACGGCCCGGACGAUGGUGCCUGGGUUCAUGCCAUCUGGGUUCUGCUGCAUCUGUCUGACCGCACAGCACGGAUACACGCCGUCCAGGACGUGCUGGCGCGCCACACGGGCUCACUGUUUGUCAACAACGGUGCCCAGUCGAACCUGUACGGCAAGCUGGUGGACGACCUCAAGAUCCCGGCGCAGUGGGUGUGGCAGGCCGCCGCGCUCUACUGGCGCAACCAGCAGAACCAGCCCGUGCUGGAAGCCGAGUGUCUUCUGCGUGCGUCAGCCUUUGCGGAUGCGCACCGCAUCUUUGUCAAGGAGCUGGCGCCCAAGGCCGUUGUCGAGCGCAACUACAGCGACAUUGCGGAAAUGCUCGAGAAGCUGCAGCCACACCGCCAGCAGAUCAAAGACUGGGCGCUGGGCGGCGAAGUGUACAGUCGGUUCCUCGACCUGCUGACGCUGCAGCGUGGAGGCACGCUCGGUGGCAGUGGUACCGGCGGCUCGGGCGGCAGUGCUGCACGACGUACACGAGGACGCCAGCAACAACAGGCGCGUGACGAGGCUGAGCAGGCCUCCGCGCAGCUGCUUGGUGCCGUGGAGGCGCUGGCCGCCAGCCUGCCGGCCAUGUACGACAACGCAGGCAAUGCGCUGCCGACGGAGGUGGCGGCCAUUACGGAGAUGGCGGAUGUGGUGGCGAAGGAGACGAUGGCGCUUGCCAACAAGGGCAGAAUGGACUUGACCAAGAUUUCUCGACUGCCCUUGACGGAGGACCGGCGUGUUCGGUACUCGUCCGACCUUGCGUUUGCAUACUACCGCGAAGUGAUGAGUGCUCACUGA